AAUGUUUCGCCUGCAGAAGCAGCCGGAAUUGUUGCGGUUUUGAAAGAUAAGAGUGUUGAUGAUCUGAGGAAGCUUUUGUCGGACAAGGAUGCUUAUCAGAGUCUCUUACUUUCACUCGAACCUGUUAAAACUCAAAACAGGGUCAGAGACGAACUUAGGAACGAAACACUGCAGCUUGCUAGAGAAAAUGUGGACAAAGAACCAUGCAUAAUGGAGCUAAGGAAUCAGUGUAGAAUAAUUCGAACUACAGAGCUGGCAACUGCUCAAGAAAAAUUGCAUGAAUUAGAGAGGAAAAAAGAAGAUACUCUUAAGUAUUACUCACCCUCAUCUCUCCUCGUUCGACUUCAAGAUGCAAUGAACAAAACAGAAGAGGAAUCGGAGACGCUGCACAGGCAGCUUCUUGAUGGAGAGAUUGAUCUUCCAGCGUUUGUACAGAAAUACAAGAAGAUGCGUUAUACUUACCAUAAACGCGCUCUUAUACAUCUUGCUGCAAAGACAACUGUAACUGGCUGAACCAUGGUAUGCCGUAAAACUAAAUGUGAUUUUGGAAGUUAUACUGCGUGUGUAAAAUAGCUUGUACUGUGACAAUAUUGUGUUUUCUCUCUCUCUUUGUUUUCGGUUUCAUCUUGUUUUGUAUUUCGACUUCGAACGGUAUUAUAGUAACAAAGUUCAGAAAAAUUCUUGUUCCAGACAAAUAAUGCUCCGUAAAAUCUUCAA